AUGUUGUGGCCGCCGACGCCGACCUCGGCGUCGCCGUCUUCUCGGCAUCCUUCUCUCGCAGCUCUCCUCCCGUCAGACACUUUCUUUCCAUCCUCACCGGGCUGCUCGCCCACCGCUGGACUUCGGCUGGAUGACGUGUCUCCCCGGGCCUCUCUUUUCCUCGGUGUGUCUGCGGGGGCAAGCAGCCCGACGAACUGCCUUCGAACAGCAGCGGGAGGUGCGCAGCAACCAGGAGGGCCGUCGAGUGCUUCUAAGGAACACGCUGUGCGGCUUUUGUCUGGAACGGGCGGGGACGGUUCAUCUUCUCUCUCUUUGGGUCCCAUAUCUGCCGGUGUUAUCCCCUUCUCACGGAUGGUUACUCCGUCGCAUGCACUCCUGUCGAAGGUGCUGGUGAGCGGAUCCGCUUCACCGUCAAAUCGAACGGGCAACCGUUGGACGUCAUCAUCCGCGGCUCUGCCUCUGAUUACGACUUCGACCGGAGAUGCUUUCCCUCUGUUUGCCACGACGUCAACGUCGUCGGAUUCCCACGACGAUGUUGCCCCCCUUGCCACAAAUGCCACGACCAGCGGUUCAAGCUCGUCUUCCUCGACAGGGGGAAUAACAGGCGCCCCCCCGCUGCUUCUCCCCCUGGCUCGCCGCCGAAGCUACAGAGAUCCUGCCCUUUUGUUGAGCGCCGCCCUCACAGCGACCGGCGCGUCUUCUGCAUCUUCCGGCGCAGCCUUUUCGCCCAGAGGGGUCGAGCGGCGAGCGGAGGGCGCAGGAGUCGAUGCAGUGCCCGGCUCGGCGGCAGCCAUCGCAUCGUCUCUAAGUCACAGCGCUCUGGAUUUCAGUCCGCGCCUUCUCAACACUCCCCGCUCUGGCCUUUUGUUUUCGCGCACUUGCUCGCCUACAGCGGGUAUGGGCCUGGCUGCCUCACUGCUUAACGGGGCAGGUCAUCCCGGUCUUCUCUCCCAGCAUCACAACGCGUUGCAGGCACUCGCUGCCGCUUCGAAAGGAGAAGAGGAGGCGGCUACGCUUUUACGCAACGCCUCUUUGGCAUUUGGCAGUUCCAGCUGCACUGGUAGUGCGAAAGAAGGCACUCGACGUGGCUCACUUGGCGGGGAUAGCCGCCCUGCGGAAGCUGCAACGCUGUCUGAAAAUGUCAACUGCGUGCAGAAAACAGACGGGGGCUCCUCCCCACGCCGUGGCGCGCCCGUGCGUGGCAGUGAGGCCCGAAGCGCGUCUUCGCCUACUGCGCGGCGGAGGUCCUCUGCUUCACGCACAAGCGCAGGGGCGACUUCCGGAAGCGCCACUCGCCGCCAGCCUCCAUCUCUCCUCGACCCUUCCUUUCUGUUCCAUCCAGCGCAGGGACGCGCAAGUUCCUCACGGAGCGCUGCGAUGUGUCUCCUCGACGAUGCGGCCGUCGCUGAAGGGUCAACAGUGAGUGCGGCGUCUCCGUGUGGACACGGUGCAUUCGACUCUUUCGGGGGCAGCUCGGCGUUUUCUCCCUCGUGCUUCUCUCCCCCUUCUGUUUUUGGAAUGGGGUCGUCGAAUGCGCCGUUUUACUCUCCCUCCAACUUGUCGUCGUCGCCGACAUCCGCCUCGGAGGUAGCCGCUGCGGCAGCGCAGAGCCUGUUGUGCCAUGGUGUAGAUGGGGCUUCCCCCACGUCUCCACUGCACCUGCCUCUCCUUUCUCAGCGUCAACAGCUGCUUCUCCAGGGCGGCCACCGCCGCAGCAGCUUGUUUUCUCCAGCGUCUGGAGGCAGAGCUCUUCCCGCGACCCCGACGGGGGCGGACUCUCUGUUCAGCGUGUUCUCCGUCUCGACGGCGAGCCAGCGGGGCAGCGGCGGAGACACCCCUCGUGCGGCACAGGGCAGCUGCUCAGCGGACCUGAGGGAGACAAGUACCGCCGCCCGAGCGUCGCUCGGCCUGCAGACACCGCGCUGUGCGCUCCCCCCCCUGCCGUCGUUCCUUCAAGUCGACGAGGCCACGACACUGGCGGGAGGAUUCUCACGGUCAGGAUCUGGUGGCGUAGGCAGGGGCGAAGGCGCGGGGCGAGGCAGCGUUGCCUCGUACGCUUCUCUCCAGGCUCUUCUUCCGCACAAUCCGGCGGGCGCAGGGUCGCAGAGUAUGACGUCGUCGCAGUUGCCUUUCUCUUCAUCAACGUCGGGCCUUCCCGCGCUGCCAGCCGGAGCUUGCCCCCAGGAGGGCAGUGCGCAUACUUCGUCUGGUGAGGGUGACGCCGGGGCUGUGUGCCGGCCGUUCGGCGGCCUGGCGUCACAGCAGUCGGACGCAAGCGACCUGAAAAGUGCGACCCAGGGGAGUUUGAAGGAGCAGGGUCACAUGCGGGAGGGCAGUAGCCCGGCGACUUCCGCGCAGAACGCUGGCUCGCCGCCGUUCUUCCCUUCUCUUCUUGCCAUGCCAACUUUUGUGGCGUCCUCAGAGGGCAGUGCCCUGGGCGGUAGCGCGUUGGCAGUCCAGGGGAUCGCGCGAGCUGGCGGAGCGGGUGCCGGCGCCUGCCCUCUCUCGGGCGUGAAUGGUAUCAAGGGGCCGUCGCUCCCUUUAGCCCCUGGCGUGCCCAUCACUGGGGAGAAGACUGGGGACGCAGAGAGCGACGACGCGCAAGGCGACCCCGGCGCAGCCUUUCUGAGAGCCCAACAGAAGGCUGCUGGAGAAGGCGAGGGUCUGUUUCCGGCGGCCAGAAAGAGCGACGAGGGAACCGUGGCGACGGGGACAGCCAGCCCCUGUAGUGGCGGCGGGCGCAUGACCAACCUGUACAGUAUCGCCUCGACGUCGCCCAGAGGCACGCCCUCCGGCACGCCAUCCUCCGUGUGCCUCUUUGGCCGAGAGGCGGGGGAGAAGGAGAGGCAAAGCCCCGGGUCGUUCAUGUCGACAGAAGAUCGUCUUCGCGCCUCCUCGCAGUCUGGAAAGAACGCCUCGAAACUGACUCCGCACGUAGGCGGCAGGGCGGCUGGUCAGCAGCCCCCGUCUCCGUCGAAAACGGAGACAGAGGGGACGCCCUCGCCGACCAAAACAGGCAAGAGCGGGCCGUCAGCCUUCCUCGCUUCGUUUGAGGACGCAAAUUUCCAGCAGCCAUCCGAGGAGUUCAUCGCGUACUGUGUGCAGAAACAUCAGACGCGCUGGCCAACGCCGCAGAAUCUGCCGGGCAUCCAAAUGGAGCAGCAGCAGAGGCGUUGGUGCGCUUCCGUGUACUACAGAGGCUGCCAGCACAAGCGGCGCUUCAGCAUGGGUCGGUGGGGCGUGCUGGGCGCGUUCUACGCCGCCAUCGAGUGGCGACAGUCGCACUGCUCACGCCUGAACUCUCUGAAGGGCCGCGCACCGGGCAACUCUGAGAGGAGCGCCGGCGCAGGGGGGUCAGGCAGCGGGUCGCAGAAGAAGCGCGUACGUCGAAGCAGCUCCAGCAGCUACAAUAGCAGCAACAGCCAAGGGAUAGGCAUGGGUGGAGGACGCGUCUCCGCGGGCGGCCCGCUGUCAGGGUCCCUCGGCUCUGACUCUGCGUCCGGGAGUUCGCAGGGGGGCACUGUGGGGCCCUAUGGAGUUUCGGAGACCGGCUUCAACCUGGCUGCGUCUGCGUCGGCGUGCGACGCCGAGAAAGGCGAGGGUGUGCAGGGGCUGUACUCGGGCUUACAAGAGAGCGCGUUCUCCAAGGGGCAGGUCAAAGAGGAGCUCGAGGGGAGCGGCUAUCGAGACCCUGCAGGCAGAGACCCGUCUGCGGUCGGAGCCAAGUCGAGGGCAAGUGGCAACACCGAUUACUGCGGUGUGACGCUAUCGAGCAGCCCGAAGAUUUCCGAGGCAGAUGGCGACAAACAGAUGUACUCAGGAGCCGAAGCUGCAGGACAGGAGGAUGGAGCGCGUGUUGCAUUCGGCGACGAGAAUGCGGGAGACGCCCAGCAGAAUGCCGGUGUGCGUGGAGACCUUGGAGGCAACGCAGGCCGUGGAGCCGGCGGCCUGCACGCGUUCUUUGGCGGCGCCUUCCGAGGCGCCUCAGGAGACGCGGCGGAGAGCGACGUCGGCCUUUCAGGCGUCGCCAGGGGGGGGCUCGAGGCGCUGACGGGAAUGGGCAAGAAGCGGAGACGGGGCGACGAGAGCUUUGAAGCCAGAGGAGGCUUGCACGUGGGCGCGAACGGCCACAAUGCGACGCCAGCGGACAGCUCAUUCGGAUUUCUGCCGCCGCAAGGUGGAGGUUUCGGUACUUCUUUGAUGGUCGGCGCAGGCGAGGGAGCGGUGCGUGAUGCCGACGCUCUCCACCCUUCGGCCGACUCGACUCCGGCGACCUGCCCGUCCUUCAGUUCGCCGCAAGGUGCCUCGCCCCCGCACAGUCUGUCUGGGAGCGCAGCGGACGGCUCGCCCGCGCUUCCGCCGGCCUUCUUGUCUGGCGAAGGCGCCCAGACCGAGGGAGGCGAAGCGUCGCUUCUUCAGGUCGGUUCUGAGACGCAUUUACAGGGUUUAGGGAGCGCGAACGACGGGUCCUGCGGAGCUGCUGUGGCUUCGCCUCAGACUCACGCCGCCAGCCACGGGUUCAGGGGGGGGCUUGUGCCUUUGGGCGCUGGCGGCCUAGGGAUGUAUGGGCAGCCGGCGAAUUCGGCCGCGCCAGGCGGCGGCUCGGUUGGCCCUCUGGGCAUCGGUUUCGUGCCAUCGCCCCAGGCGUCUCCGUUCGACAUGCAGCAGCAUCUCCACUCGCCCCUCCACCCUGCGCAGCUGUACAGGAGCCGCCACGUCGGCGCGGCCGCUGCGGCGGGGGCGGUUCCAGGGGCGCCAGGUGGUUCCGCAGGGAUACCUCGGCGCGAAUCCGGCGACGAAUCCCGCCUGUCCGCCUCUGGGAACGAACUGUUUCCAGCCCUGUUCUCCGAACGUCACCCCGUCGCUGCCCCCCCUGCGGUGGAUGUGCAUGGCCUUGCCGCGCCAACUUUCGGCGUGUCGGCCGUCCCUGCCGGGUCCGCCCAGGGCUACUCGCGACCAAAGUCGUCUGGAAAGAAGCGAGACGGCGCCCCGGGCAGCCCCGAGCAGAAGAAGGUAGGGGCGGCUGCAAAGGAGGGGCGGCAAGGAGGCGGGCAGAACGGAGGCUCCAGAAGCCGCAGAACGAAGGGCCUGAGCGUGAGUGGAACGCCAGGCCGCGGCGUGUUCUCUGCGCCCUACUCGCCUGGUCUUGACCAGUCGUCUUCGGCUGCGGGCGCCGCGUAUCCGGCCCAGCGGCCGAACCUCGCAGCGCCUUCAGGCUCCUACGCCGCGCACCCGCUCUCCGCAGGGGCCGUCGUCGACGGCGUCCCCGCCCCGACAGUUGAGUGGCAUGAAGGCUUCCGCCGCCCGUUUGGCACUGAAGGGAGACAGCAGUUGCUGAGACACUUGCGUCAGGUCUACAACGCAGACAGCGGGUACUGGGGCGAGCGGCUGCGCCACGCAAAUAUCGCCUUCAGCCGCAUCGCCUAUGCGACCGUCGCGGAGCUGUGGAAGAUUGCACACGUCAUGGACUGCUUCCCGAUCGCCCUCGCCUUCUCGAACCGACACUCCGCCACGGCGGCCGCCUCCGCCUCCGUCGGUGCGGCGUCGCCUCACGAGGACAACGGCGCCGCGACGGCGGGAGGCCUGGCGGGCGCCCCAGACCUCUCUGGCGGCGGGCCGGCUGCCCCAGGCGCAGCCGGAAAGAAGAGCAGUGGCGCCAAAGGCGACAAAAGCGAGAAAGGAAAGGGAUCAAGAAGAGCCAACGCUGCAGGCGCGCCCGUCUUGGGCAAAGGGCACCAAGCCAAGCCAGGCGGAGGCAGCUUGCAGCUGGCUUCCGCGAAUGGACUUCCAGUGCCGAUGGGCGGCGAUGGGGCACUGGGUGCGUCUUCCUCAUUCCCAGAAGGUCCCACGCAUGCAGACGGGGGAGGGCGGGCUUUCGCGCGCGCGUCGGCCGGCUCGGACGGCGGCGACGCAGCCUGCGUCGUCCCUCCGUUCUCUAGCUUUCUUCCGGACUCCGGCUGCGCAGCGAUUGGCGCAGGCAAAGGGGGACUAGCGACGCCGUCGAUACCUGGUUCCAUGGGCGGAAGAGGCAAAGGGAAGGGUAAAAUCAAUGCCAGCGCCGCAGCCGCCCGCGGCAGCAGAGUGUGGGGCCUUGGGGGACAGAACCUCGCUUCGGCUGGCCUCUUCAACGCAGAUGGAAGCCUGCAGGAAGUAGAGUCUUCUCGUGGACAGACAGAGGCCGGCGAUGGAAGCGUGGAGGCGACAGCAGACGCGGUCGCGUCGCCAAACAAGUCUGCCGACCCUGAGCAGAAUCCAUCCUCUCUCCAGGGUGAAACAGCGAGCGUGGGGCCUUCGUCGCCCGCUGGCGAUGAGGUCGCGACCUCCGCGGGGCGGGCAUCUGCGAAAGCAGCAGGGGAGGGUGCGGGUCUGCAGGCCCUUGCAGGCGAGCUCCCAACAGCCCCCCCGACGGACGCGUUCCUGUCAGCCUCUCCGUCGCGUCUCGGCCGAGAGAAGAGAGCAAGAGAACAUGGCGAGGGCGUGAAGCACGCCAGUCCACGACCCGGCAUGGUGAGCGACGGCGCCGCGCGAGAAGGCGAGAAGGGAGACAACAAGGAGUCUGCGCGCGCCGCUGCCGGAAGCAGCGUGUCAGGCAGACAGCGGUCGAACGCCAGCGGGGGGAAGAGAAGAGACGAGGGUGCCCGACAGCCGUCACAGGCAUCUUCUGGCACUUCCGCUCCGGGAGACGCAGAAGAAGAAUGUGAAGACGCGUCGAAGCAGCCGUCGUCCUCUCGUGCGCGCGCGGCGAAGAAGAAGCGCGGCUCAGAAACGAAAGACAAGAGGAGAAGAGAAGAGGGGAAAGACGACGCGAGCCGCGACGACGACACACCGCCGCGGGGUGGAAGCGAUACGAUGACAUCGAGUAGCCAGAAGACUUUCCCCCACUUUACGUUUGUCGCCGACGCCGCGCACCAGGCGCUGCCGCCCGUGUCACUCUCUGGAGAAGAAGAAAGCGACGAGGAGGUUGAAGAAUCUGCUGGACGACUGGCAUUCUCGCACGCCCGCUCCGGCGCCCGCCAUUCCGCUCGCGGUGCUCACGUCAUUGUCCCGUCUUCGCUGUCUCCCGCGUGUUCGUUCGUCUCGUGUUCCUCUCCUUCCUCCCCUUUCUCUUCGUCUCCAAGCGCUGGUAGUCGCGAUUCGCACGUCUGUCUCGCCGAGCACGGCGGCCCUUCAGGUGAGCGCGGUACCUCGUCUUCGUGUUUUCCGCCGGUUCGGGUUCUCUUGUCGUCUGCGGAGCCGAGCUGUGCUGCGGCUUCUUCGUUGCCGCCUUCGUCCUCCCAUGAGCAUGGGGGCCCGGCGCGCACGCGAGAAAACCGUGCAAGCCCGUGUGUCGGAUUCGAGGCGAUGCGUCCGGCUUCGCUGGGGAGGGAAGACCCUUGCAAAGCCGUCUCCUCAUGUGUCCCCUCCCCCUCGGCGCUCCUCCGUCAAUACCUGGUGGAAUUGCGCGCGCGAUCGGAAUCAGAGACAAGCGGGAGACAGUCCAGCCCCGCCCCUUCGUCGUCUGCGAAACUGAGACAGUGCGAGGGCGCCGGAGGCCGCCCGCGACCCAGGAGCCGAGCCCCGGUGGGUAAAGCUGCGCGACAGGAGCUGGAGAGCGCCAGGUCUCCGGCGGCGGGCGUGCGUGGUUUUGAGGCGGAGGACGGCAAAGACAAGCGGCGACAGAUGCUGACGUGUCUCUCUCUUUUUUCGCAGAUGCAGACGAAGGCGCCGCGGGGGCCCGCGGCGAGUCUCGCGCUUCUGCCUGAACGCACAUCUCGCAGACAGUGCCUUCCUCUUCGGCCAGAACCGAGAGUAGAAGGGCACAUCGGACCCGGCGGGACCCCGGUGGAUGAUAUCGACCCCUUGAAAGUUUUUACCCCUCCCGUGCAAAACGCAAGAAACCAAACUAGCCACUGCCACCUAGUAGCAGACGCUGUGGAGGAGUCAAUGCCGCAACGUGCGCUCGGAGAGCCGCCCAACGCGCUGCGUGCCUCUGUGCAGAGUCCAAGCGGAUCGCUUACUUCUCCCCCGUUCUUUCAAAACGCAAAUCUCGCGUCACUGUCUACUGCCUUGUCUCUCUCGCUCUCUGCCUCGCGCGCGUCGCCAGCCCACCCGCACCGCGAUGCUUCGCCCGUGUCUUCACCGUCGGCGUCUCGGGCGUCCCCCGUGGCUAGCCCGCUUCGGCCUCCGCCGCUGCUUCGUUCCUCUGCGCGCUCCAAGCGCGCGCGCGCCUUUUCGUCGAGCUCACGAUCUUCUACUCAGCCCUCACACGGUCUGGCUGCGGCUGCGACCAGCGACAAGGCUGCAGGUCGCAGCGAAAAACCGCGCGAGUCAGCAAUGCAUGCAAGCGACGCGGCUUUGCGUGCGCCGGCCGCGCAGCCCGACUCCCUCGAAGACUUCUGUUCGCCCCAGAGGGAUCUUCCGCGCCGCAGGAAGGCGCCCCUGGAGACGGCGGAGGGGGGGGAGCCUCAAUUGCCCGAGGACACAGGAGACACGCGUGGGAAGCCCGGCCUUCAGGCGACUCCUGAGUGGACGCCGAUGCCGCAAGGGAGGCCUGUAGGGGGGGGGGCCUCUGCGUUCCCCCUGCGUCUGAAAUCCGAAGGGGAGCUCACCGGCGAUGAAGCCGCGCGCGAGCACUGUUUGUUCGCGUGUCCGCGCAAGCAGUCGCCUGUUGAGGACGCUCGCGGCCUGCCUGCAAGCGUGGAGCCUUCUAGGCAGCUGAAGCCAAGUUUUGAGGCCGAGGCGGUGCGGCGAAAUCUACUGCACGUCUACGGGGGCCCGCUACGCAUCACGGCGUGCACGUCUCUGGAUCUGCCGGGUGAGCGCCUAGAUGUGUGGGAGGCUCCUGCAGACCCUCCCGAGACGCUGCCGCAGUCGCUGAUUCAGGGGCGGUGCAGCGCACUGUUGUUUUUUGAUCGACUCAAACACGACGCUCCGCCGCCAGCGUUCCGCGGCGCGUGCGAGAGCGGCGACUCGCACGACGCUACGGCCGCGAGACGGCAGAAGGCAGACUCUGAAGUCAAAGCAGGCAGGUGCGAGGCGGGCUACAGAGGAAGCAGACCGCGAGAGUGUGGAGGAGCGGGGGAAGAGCGAAGGGAGAAAAGGAAGAAGGCGCAGGACGAAGAGGCGAGGGGACGUUUAAGACGACACCCUGUCCAUUUUGGCUCCCUGAUUAAGACGGCGUCGCUCUCGUCUUCGGGAAACCGCGGACGGCCUGCGCCUGAAGAACGCUGGGGGGGUGGCGGACGCCAAGGAGCGCGGGAGCAGCGGCGCCUCUCAGUCAACGCAGAGUGGAACGACGAAACAGACGCGGGUUGGUCAGGAGAAGAUCGCCUGAGCGACUCCUCCGCACCCCCCGAUGCGGAGCAAGAGAAACGUUUCCCGCCGGAGAACGGGCGCCUCCUUCUCGGCGGAGGCUACGGCAUGUUCGAGCUCUGGGACCACAGCAUCCCAAUGAGGUCAAGCGAGGUGUGGGAGCUGGACCUCGCGAACCGCGUGUGGGGGCACCCCGUGGCGAUGACUGAGGCGGCGCUGGAUCUCGAUGACAAGCUUCGCUUCGAGGAUCGCGACACGGCGGUGAUCACGGACUCUGGCGGCACGCAGUUUGUCGUCUUCGGCCAAGCUGCGCGGAGCAACACCUGCUGGCACGCGUUCGACAGAGUCUCCAUCUACACUGUGCCUCGUCCGCCUGCGGAGGAAACGGGGAGGCUGCGCGAGGCGCAGGCGCGGCGUGCGUCCUCGUCGUCGUCAUCGUUGUCUCGAAUCGCUUCGGAGCCCUUUUCCUCCGCGGCGUCGUGGCCUACGGCGGUAGACCUCUUCGAACACUUCGAUGCCUGCGGCGACCUUCCUGAGCGCCGAGAGUCGUUCGCCUCAGCGCUGUGGAAAGCUCCGGUUGAUGGCCGCCCUGGCUGGGUCGUUCUCUACGGCGGGUAUGCCUCGUCGGUGCGGCGGCUCGAUGAUCUGUAUCUUCUGGAGCUCCCCGCUGAAGCAGCCUCAGACUCAGCCUCAGCGUCCGCCGCCUCCGGUUCCUCUCCGUCUUCUUCGCGGGGCGCAAGCGCCUUCCGCUGGUAUCUCGUUGAGUGGGGAAAACACUUUCCCCCGAACCCCCAGGGCCCCAGUUGCACAUCGCGCGCCCUCCGCAGGUCCGCACCACGCGAUCGCGCUCCCGAGUCGGCCUCCUCCUCAGAGGACGAAGGCGCAGCGACAGGAGAGACGAUGCGCAGAGAAGACAGCGAACGAGAAGUCGCGAGCUCAGCCGACGAGAGCAGAGAGGCCGUGCCGAUGCGCCGCAGGCGCCCACGCGUCGCAGCGGCGCAGGCGUCCGCGAUUUGGCGGAGCUUGGCGCUGGUGCCUGCGCGGAGACGCGAGGAGCCCAGGAGAGAAGAGAGCAGCCCAGCGAGCGAAGCAAACCGUGCGAGAGCGACCGCGUCCUCUUCUUCAUCUCGCAGACCUGGCGGCGGCACUGUUGUGAGUGAAGCCGCGCAGGCCUCGUCGUGGGAAGAACGGGUGUGGAAGAAGCGGAGGCCGCGAGAGGCACCUUGCCCUGGUACGCGGUUCGGGCACUCGCUCACGUGCGUCGGGUCGCGUCUCUUUCUGUUUGGCGGCGUUCGCUGCGACGCGCCACCGUACUUUGUCUCCUCUCCAUGGCGGGGGAUGGAGCGCGACAGUGCCGGCGGAUUGCCUGCGGCGGCCUCGUCCCCUGCGUCGCCCUCCGCAGGCGAAGCGUCGGCUGCAUCUUCUCCGCGAACGCCCGCGCGAGGGCGUGGGCGAGGGCGAGGCGGUCCGGAGGGAGGCGGCAAGUUGCUGAUGAACGAUGUGUGGAUGCUGUCGCGAGAUGUGUCAUCCUUUGUGGCGAAAUCGCGCGCGCGGCGCCGCACCAAGCGGGGGAGGGAGACGCCGGCGGGCGGCGACCAAGGAGACGACAACCCCCGCGGGGGGACAGCGAGACAAGAGGACGGCCUUCGUGGCGCGGAAAAGGAACGCAGGCUGCAGAGCGCGGUGUUUCGGGCCGUAGAGGAGAGUUACGAAACAGAGGAGGAGGUCCCAAUUACGGCAGGAUGGUCGUGGCAGCUGUGCCCCUGUAAAGGCACCGCGCCGAUUCCUCGGUCGUCGCACAAGGCCGUCGCGGUCGGUUUGCACCUUCUUCUCUUUGGCGGCUACGGCGGACGCUACUUGAAUGACUUCGUCGCGCUCAACACCGGGACUUUCGUCUGGAGCGCCGUCGACUUCGCGCCGAUUGUGCCGUCGCCGCGGCCGCUCGCGUGCGCUGGCGCACGCGGAGGCGAGAGCGACCCGCAGAGAGCUGCGAAUGGCACAGGAGUGGAGGACGACAGACGAGGCAGAGACGUGAGUGACGCGUGCAUGAGAGCCGAGAAGGGACUUCCUCACGACGAGGGCUCGGCGACGCCGCCGCGGCGCUCUUCUGCAAGACGCGAGGAAGAAGAAGAGACAGAGGAGACAGUCUGCCUUGUCGGGGGAUCUCCUACUUCUCGGGGUUCGCCUUCGUGUCUCCUCGAGACGCCGCGAUGUUCGCCGCGGCUCCGGCAGCCUGGAACAGAGGCGUCGGCGGUCUCCGGUUUGCGCGCGGCGGGUGGCGGGGAGGAUGAAGACGUGACUGAAGCAGGUCGGCGCUACAACACGAGGCGCCGACUCGUGAAUGUUUCCAUGGUGCUGCCUGGGCGACAGCAGGGGGGCCGAAGGCGCGCGGCUUCAGAGAGUCCUCUUGCGCCGAAGCCGGCUGACGGAGAAGCCGGCGUAGAGGCUCAGCGACCCGCAGAGUCCCUCCCUUCUCCGUUUUCGCCUUCGUCUCCAGUCGCCGCGAGCCGAGAGAGGACGUCUUCCGCGGCUUCGGGGGUGACGCCGCUGCCAGUUGGGCGGCGAAUGGAGUCCGGAAUCGCGUUCGACGACGACGAGAGCGUGUUUGUCUUCGGGGGGUCGCUUCGCUACAGAUGGCAAUGCGCGCAGCAUCAAUUCAAGGACUUCUGUGCAGACUGCUUUGCACUCCGACUCGGAUGCGCGUCGCCUCCAGCCUUUCCUUCGCUGUAG